UAGCCCGGAUUUCACUCCCAUGGCAAAGCCGGCCCUGCAGGAAUUGGGUAAGUGGAGCUAUUGCAACACAGCAUUUUUCCAUACAUUUGCUAUAUAACUCGGAGGGUUUUAAAGAUAGCAUCAGUUGGCACACUUAGCACGAAACCACCUAAUUACUGACGCCUUGGAAGUGCCAAACUUUUAAAGGGGGGAGGUGAGGUUAAAAUCACAGGCGACCAACAAGUGUUACCUGUUUUUAAAGUAUUCCAAGCGCUGUUCUCCAGGGGGGCCAGGACAUGGGGAGGGGGCAGCUCGGGGCAGAGCCAUCCCCUCUGUCACCACUGCCACCACACCGAGGGGCUGGAGGCUUCUGCAGCCCCCCCGCUCUGACCCUCUCCUUCCCACCAAACUCCACUGCCUGGCGCUGUGGCUUUCCCUGCACAGCUCCCAUCCCGUUCCUGUGCCAGCCCGGGCUGCGGGAUGGGGUUUGUGGCCGGUCCUGGUCUCCACUGGAGGAAAAAAAAACCUCCCGGUAAGAGCCUGGCUCUGAGCAGCCCCGGAGGCGGCCGCAGGGUCAGGCACGGCGGGGGCGGACUGUCCCCGCGCCCCCGCUGCUUCCCGGGGGGAAUGAUCCGGGCUGGAAGGGCUGGAGCCGCCGCCGCCUGCCCUGCGCAGGGGGACGGCACCGCUCGGCGCGGGGGAUGCAGUGCAGCGGGAGAGACCCCCGGUCCGAUGCACUGUGCCCGGUGUCCGGUGCGAGAUGCCCGGUGCCCCGUGGAGGGUGCCCCGUGCCGGAGCGCCCGAUGCACGCCCGGUACCCUGUACUCGGUGACAAGUGCAGGAUGCCCGGUGCCCUGCGCAGGGUUUCUGGUGCCCACUGCCCGGUGCAGGGAGCCUGGUACCCGGUACAGGAUGCCCGGUGCUUGGUGCAGGAAGCCCGGUACCCCUUAUCCGGUACGGGAUGGCCAGGUCCCGGUCCCCGUUGCCCGGUGCAGGAUGCCCGGUACCGGGUACCCCUUCCCCGAUGCAGCAUGCCUGGUGCCCGGCCCCCUUUGCCCUGCGUCCGCUGCCCUGUCCCCCUUGCCCGGUGCAGGAUGGCCCGUUCCCGGCCCCCUUAGCCCGGUAUCCGGUGCCCGGUUCCCCUUGCCCGGUGCAGGGUUCCCGGUACCCCUCGCCCGGUCCCCUGUCCCCCGUCCCCGCGCGCGCCGGCCCCGCUUCCUGCUCUCUCCAACGUUCCAUUGUGCGGAGCUUCCAUUGUGACGUCUCGGCCUCGGCUCGGCUUUGUCUGUCCAUAUAUGGGCAGCUACGUCACGGAGCGCUCCCGCAUAAAGGCCCCGCGGAGUCCCCGGCGGAGCAGUCGGGCGGCAGAGAAGGAACCGGCGAGCGGAGCGGGGCCGAGCGCGGGGGAAGCGGGGCCGGGGCCGGGAGCCGGCGAGAGAGAGAGAGAGAGAGAGAGGAGGGGUUAAAUCCUCCCCCCCACCCACCCCCCCCAGCUUCUACAACCACAUCUGCCAGCCAGAUCGCCCCCUCCCCCUCGAGGAAACACCACCAAGGGACCCACGGAGGACCGCGCCCCCCCCGCGCCCCCUCCUCCGCGGCCACCCCCAGCCCCCCCCCCGCCUCCUCCUCCUCCCCCCCGCCGCCCCCGCCCCAACUUUUCUUCUUGCAUGAUUUCCCUCGCACGGAUUUGCCACUCGGAUGUUGUUUCCUCGGGAGCCGAGCUCGGAGCCACGUUGAACCAGCCUUUUCCUCCAGUGCUAUGACAGGCAAACUACUGGAGAAGCUGCCGGGGACCAUGAACACUUUGAUGAACCAAUUGCCUGACAAUCUGUACCCAGAGGAGAUCCCCAACUCUUUGAAUAUAUUCUCCAGCACCAGCGACUCGGUGGCUCACUACAACCAGAUGGCUGCAGAUAAUGUUAUGGACAUUGGCUUAGCGAACGAAAAGGCCGGUCAGGAAUUGUCCUCCUACUCGGGCACUUUUCAACCCGCCCCGGGCAACAAGACUGUCACCUACCUGGGGAAAUUCGCUUUUGACUCGCCCUCCAACUGGUGCCAGGACAACAUCAUCAGCCUGAUGAGCGCCGGCACUGGGGUGCCGCCGUCCUCGGGCGCGCUCACCAGCACGCAGAGCUCGGCGGGCAGCAUGGGGCCGCCGCAGGGCGAGGUGGACCAGAUGUACCCCGCGCUGCCGCCCUACUCCUCCUGCAGUGACCUCUACCCAGAGCCUGUCUCCUUCCACGACCCCCAGAGCAACCCUGGCCUCACCUACUCCCCCCAGGAUUACCAGGCGGCCAAGCCCGCCUUGGACAGCAACCUCUUCCCCAUGAUCCCAGACUAUAACCUCUACCACCACCCCAACGACAUGGGCACCAUCACGGAGCACAAACCCUUCCAGAGCUUGGACCCCAUCCGCGUCAACCCGCCCCCCAUAACCCCGCUGGAGACCAUCAAGGCCUUCAAGGACAAGCAGAUCCACCCGGGUUUCGGGGGGCUGCCGCAGCCGCCCCUCACCCUCAAGCCCAUCCGACCCCGCAAGUAUCCCAACCGGCCCAGCAAGACACCGCUGCACGAGCGGCCCCACGCCUGCCCGGCCGAGGGUUGCGACCGCCGCUUCUCCCGCUCCGACGAGCUCACCCGCCACCUUCGCAUCCACACGGGCCACAAGCCCUUCCAGUGCCGCAUCUGCAUGCGGAGCUUCAGCCGCAGCGACCACCUCACCACCCACAUCCGCACCCACACCGGCGAGAAGCCCUUCGCCUGCGAGUUCUGCGGCCGCAAGUUCGCCCGCUCCGACGAGCGCAAGCGGCACGCCAAGAUCCACCUCAAGCAGAAGGAGAAGAAGGCCGAGAAGGGCUCGGGUGUGCAGCCCCCCGCCGCGCCCCCCGCCGCCGCCGCCACCACCUCGCCCCCCGUCGCCCUCGCCCCUGCCGUCACCACGUGCGCUUGAGGGAUUGUGGGGGGCGGCGCGGUGGCACCCCUUCUCCUCCCCUUGCCCUCGGCACCGCUCCGGGGGGAACCCCACGGUGUUCAGGAUACCGGGGUUGUGCUGCGACGGGUCCGCUCCGCCCGCACCCGGAUUGACCGGGUCCAGGCUGCCCGCACCUGGAUCCUGCCUGCACUUGGAUCGAUGGGACCCGCACUGCCCGCACCCGGAUUGCCCGGACUCGCGCUGCCCGCGCUGGGAUUGCCCGCAGCACCUGGAUCCCGGCUGCCUGCUCCUGCACCUUCCACAUCCCGGCUGCUUCCACCUGCACUGCCCGGGGCCGGGCCGCCCGCACUGCCCGCUCCCGCAACUCCCGGAUCCCGGCUGCCCACACCCGCACCGCCCGGGGCCGGGCUGUCCGCACCCUCCUUGCCCGGCUCUCCCGGAUCCCUGCUCCCGCACCUGGAUUACUCGCACCGCCCGGAUCCCGGCUGGAUUGCCCCAUCCCGGCUCUCCCGGCUCCGACUCUCCCGCACCCCACGGCCCUCACCCGGCACCUCCCGCCCGCACCCACCCGGCCCGGCUCCGGGCUGCCCGGGCCGCAGAUCCCGGGAAUAUUCCCGGCUGACCUGGAUCCCAGGGCUCGGUCCGACCCGCCCGCCCUUGCCGGGGCUGGCUGCUCCAGGAUCGGCCCCCCCCCCCCGCCCCCGGUCCUGUCCUGCCCGGCUCCCCCGGGGCUGGGCGCUCCAGGAUCCGUGAGGGGAUGGAUGGAUGGAUGGAUGGAUGGAUGGAUGGAUGGAUGGAUGAUGGAUGGACGGAGCUGAUCUGGCUCCUCUCCUCGCUGGGCCUGGAGCCCCCGUUGCCCCCCCCGGCCCCGUGUCCCCCCCGUGUCCCCAAGCACCGGCUCCCCGUGUUGGAGGUAAGAGGGCUCAGCCCCCCAAGCCAGGCUGGUGGGGCGGGGGGCGGCUCUGCGGGUCCCCCCAACUCUGGGGGGCGGCGGGGAGCGAUGUCCCGGCAGCAGCUUUUGGGUUUGUUUUCUUAUUUUUGUUUUCUUUUCCUUUUUAUUAUUUUUUUUUCUUUGUUUUCAGCAGAAGGGAAAUUCUUUACAGAAAUACAGGGAAAAAAAAAAAAAAGCACCCCAGUAUUUUGCUGAAUACUUUUUAUAAUGUGAGAUAUUUUUAUUUUAUUUUAUUUGGUCACUUUAAAACAACCACCCAACUAUGGAGGAGAAAAAUCAAUUAGUCCUCUAUUUUAUUAUUAUUUUUUUUUUUCUUUCUCCUUCUGGUAUGUGCAUGUCAUUGCAUGACUGCUCUGAUUUUUUUCUUCUUUUGUUUUAAUAAAACUGUGCUCAGACAUUUAAGCUAAACUAAGCAAAAAUAAUAAUGACUUAAAAAGAAAAAAAAAUCUUUGUUGCCAAAAGGUCGUGCUAUCCAGGUUUGAUGUCUGCAUGUGAAAAAAAAAACACAAAAAAACACAUUAAAAACGUACAAAAAAUAAAGAGAAGAGGAAGAAUGCAGUCUAAUUUAUGUGAACUGAAAGGAACAAAAAAAAAAAAAAAAAAAAAACCACAAUCAGGUUUAACCACACAAACCUAAGGGAAUGAUAUUUUUUGAAAGACUUUUGUAUAAAGUUGAGUACUUAGAGAAAAAAAAAAUCAUACCAGAUGUAAUAUAUUUUGUGGAUGUUUUUAUUUCUUGGAUUUAUAGUACCUUAUACUAAGGUUAAAAAAAAAAAUUAUGCUUGAUAUUGUGAAAAGGUGAUAAUUUUCACACACAUUUCAUUUGCUCAUUUGUCAUGUUGUAAUGCAAAUAUGAUAGUUAAUGCAUACAGCAUUUUUAAGGGAAAAAAUCAGAAAUAUUGAACUGAUGUAUUGUUGUACCAUUUGCACUGUGAGCAAAUGCUAAUGCAGUAAAUAUAUUGUGUUUGCUGACAAUCAAAAUCUGUAGUAAAUAUCUUUAUUUGCUUAAAUUGAUCUAUAUUGGUUUGGAAAGUAAAAAAACAAAGGUUUUAAUGUGUAAGGGGAGUGUAAAAAGGGUUGAAAUGUGCAGGGAAGUGGGUGCUGCGUCUCUUUACGGGCGACUUUGAAACCUGUCUGUACAGAAUUUUUUUUUUCCUAGUGCUGUAUUUCCUUAAAUAUUAUUUUUUUAUGUGAUCUUUUUAAAAAAAAAGUAACCCACUUUUUUCUUCUCAGUCCCCCUCCCUCUGCUUCAGUUCUAUCCACAGGACGGCACAGCAAGACCCCGCUGGGUGACCCCGAAGGCGACUGGCUCCGUCCUCGCGUCCCGGGAUGGGAGCACCCAACUGGGAUUGGGGAACCCAACUGGGAUGGGGGCACCCAACCGGGAUUGGGGAACCCAACCGGGAUUGGGGAACCCAACCAGGAUGGGGGCACCCACCCUCUCCCCAAAAAUCCGCCAUGUCCUUGCUUUGCCCUUGACCUCCCAUGCUGUUUUUCCCUGCUCGUGCCGCCGCCGCCUUGACCCCGUCACCAUUUUGCCGGCGGCUUCCGCGGCUGCCGGGAUAACUUUGGGCCACCAAAGAGGAUCGCGCCGCUUCAGCCGGUAAUGCUCCCGCGCCCUUCGCCCGCCAAAUCGCCCCGGGGGCAGCGCCCGCAGGGGAUUUUUUUUCCCAGCCUGGAUCGCUCGGGAUAAAAAUAAACGGCUGGGUUUCAGCGCUGGCGCUCGCACGGGCACGAGGAACGAGUGGGAGAAGGAGUUUGGAGGCGCUUGGAUGUUUGGAGUGGUGGCGUGUGGUGGUUGGAUCCUUCCCCAGGGAUGGGGAUGGAGGCUGGAAUCCCGGAGCUGGGAUUGUGCUGGAGGAUCCCAGACCGGGGCUCUGGGGGUCCCUCGGUGCGCGCGGGUCCAGCUCUGCUGGGGUGGAGCGUCCCACAAGUGUCCUCCUUCCUGUCCCAAGGUCUGGCUGGCAGUGCUGGUGGCUGGCGUUGGCACCGUGGUCUUUCCUGGUGUUCCCAGGGUAUGAAAGCGUUGGCAACGUUGUCAGAUUUCCUGCUUUUUGAUUUGGAUCCGCAGCCGGGCCUGGAAAAGCUGCUGCUCCAGCCAUUCCCGGGCAGCUCUACCCAUGGCAGGGGGUUUGUUGAGCUCUCUGGCUUGGAAAGGUUUUAAUCGUGGGGCAAAUCCAGGCUCUGAUGGUGACUCAGGGCACAGCUGGCCCAGACAGGGAUGGCAUCUAGUGGUGUUGAGGACUUGGCUGAGGCGCUGCACCAGGUCUCCGCGUGGAUUCCCGGUGGUUGAGUGUUUGGACGUGAGGCUGGACUGGGACGAGCUGGGAUUGUCCUUCCCUGUGUGCUCCGGAGGUCCUGCAGCCAUGAGGGGCUGCGGGACGCUUUGGGAGCCAUCGGUGCCCCUGUGUGUGCCCGUGUGUAGCUCAGGUGGGCAGGAACCAGAGCUGCCACGCACAGGGAGAGCCACCACGGCCCCUGGCAUCACCUGAGGGUGCUGUGCUGCUGCUGGUGGUGCUGGAGGUGCCCAUCUCCACCGGGGGCUUGUGCUGGAAAAUGCUGGAGAUGCUGGCACGGCAGAAGAGCUGCCCCAGUGAGGAGCCACCCAACGCUGCACCGACGCUUUGGGCUCCUUCUGCGGGCGAGGAGGAGGAGGGAAGGAGCCCACCAGGCCCUGGGGACCCUCUCUGCCAGCCAAGCCUGGGUGUCCCACUGGGCAGGACCGCCCUGGCGCGGAGCAGGAAGGUGAGGAGCACCCUUGGGUGGCAAAGCGCGGGGAGUGCGUGCAGCACCUUGCACGAAAAAUGUUGGUUGCUACGGAAACACGGCACUUUCCAUCCCCGUUCUGGGCUAUCUGUGUUCUGGGGAGGAGGGAAGGGCUUCCAGUCACGUACCAGCUCCACAGAACUUGCUGCCUUUGCCUCCUCAAUGGGAGCGGCGAGGUCCUGAGGAGGCCACCAACACCUCGCUCCUCCCUGCCGAGGGGCUUUGCAGGAUGUGGAUGGAUCCAAGAGCUCUCCACGGGAUGGGAUUUGCUGCUCAGGAGGAGCACCAAGAGCUGAGACCCCGUCCCUGGGGUCGGGAGCGACGAGGACCCGCAGCCAGAAGCUCCUGGUUUGCAGCUGGAGUACAGAUGUUGGUGGGAUCCUUCCCUGAUCUUCUCACCUCUGGCUCAGCUUCUGCCACUGCCUGGCAGGAGACAUCAUCCACAGAAGGCCUGGAUGGUUCUGGAUCAUCUGACCUCAUCUCCCACCCCGUGGGACCGUGUGGAUCCAUCCCCAUCCCUUCUGGGGGAAGGGGCCAGACUCAUCCCCCUGGGACAGGGGGACAAACAGCAGAGCCUCCAUAGAAGAUGCUCCCUGAGUCCCGUGGCCAUCAGGAUGACAGAUCCAGGCUCGUGCCAGCCCUGUCUCGUCCCACCCCCUGCGCCCCGAGGUGACAGUGGGGGGCAUCACGGUGGGGACAGGCCCAGGAGCAGCAGCCUGGCCCAGCUGGCAGCAAAACCUUCCUGGCCCCAGCCUUCCUCUUCCUCCUCACCCUGCCCACACCUGGACGGGGAUGUGGGGGACCCUCCUGGCUGCCUCCCCUCGGGCUUUGCUCUGACACCCACCAGCACCCCAAAACUGAUCCCUUCCCCUCAGGCCACCUCACAUCCUCCC